AUGGACGAGUCAGUCAUGGAUGAGUCAGUCACGGAUACAGUGUCGGUCACGGAUACGGUCUCAGUCACGGAUACGGUAUCGGUCAUGGAUGAGUCAGUCAUGGAUGAGUCUGGGGGUCUAGAUGGGGGUCUGGAUCCUGAUCUAGACGGCGUCGUUGACAAUGGUGUUUUACUUGCGUCAGAGUUGACUGAAAAGGAAAAGAAGGCACGGCCAAAGCUUCAGCAUAUAGCUUUGACACUAUGGGAUACUGAUGAAGUCCACCGUGCAGAGUUGAACAGGAUGAAAACACAUCUCAAAUGGUGUGGGGUUCUACAUGGUAGAGAGAUUUGUCCUGAAACUGGUAAGCCGCACAUGCACGUCUACAUUCAAACCCAUUGGACAAAGAGGAAAACAAUUACAGAGAUUCAUAAGUGGUUCACGGACGACGAAGCGGAUGUUCAGUGGUCUGGCGGUGUUUGGAUAGCACCGGUUAGAGACAAGCUAGGAUACGUCAAAUACUGCAAGAAAGAAAGAGACUUCAGAUUGGAGGGGGAGAUUUUCGCUGAUGCUAAUCGCAAGGGUGAAGAACGCCAAGAUCGGCAUGAUCUCCGGAAUGCUAUUUACGAGGAGGGGGUUAUCGACUUGAAGGUAUUGAGGUACCGGUUUCCCAACCAAAUGAUGUCUCCGGGUGGAGAGAGAUACGCAAGGCAAUUGAUUAAUGAUGUUACACCUAUACGCGAACCUGAGAGGUUUGAUAAGGAGCAUCUAUGGCAGUGGGAAUUGCGGUGUAAGCUACUACAGCCUGACAACGGUCGUGAGAUUAUCACCGUUCACAGUAUGCAAACCCGCCAAGGGAAAAGCAUGAUGAUGGGGCGGUUAAAGUAUGAAUACAACCAACGAAGAGAGGGUUCUGCUCUGAUCCUGACGGUUGCACCGGCCAAGGAUCUCAUCGACACUAUCAGAGAUUACAGGCAUUCAUUGGAGCUCUUGAUUUUGGAAAUAACAAAGGCGAAGGGGGAACCGGCGUUCCUCAAAGGCGUGUUUUCUCUAUUGGAGCUUAUUAAGAACGGGGAGGCGUUUGCAUCCAAAUACAACACAGAACCAGUUCGGUUCCGGAACAAGGUCAAAAUAGUUAUUUGCAGGAAUGACAUGCACAAGCCCGAUUCGUUGUACGGGAAGGACAGGGAGGCGUACAUGGAUAUAAGCAUCGAUACGUGGAAAUGGGUUCCUCACAGAGUAUUGGAGGAGCGAUGGAAUGCUCAACAUCCUGAUGAUAAGGUGAUAAUCGACGAGGAUGACUAUGAUGAAGAAGGGUGA